GCUGAACAUUAUCUUCUUGGCGCCUCAACCAACCGCAGCAAUGGCGCGGGGACCAGCUCGAGCUUCCACCUCGGACCGCACCAGUCCCCCCACAGAACCCUUGCAGCCAUGACGGCCGUCAUAGAGGCCCUGCACAUUUACGAUGAGCGCAAUAGCCCGGUCCUGUCCCACACAUACACGGGGCGGCCGCUCUCGGCGGCGCACCUCCUGCCUCUCUACCUCGAGCACCCGCCGCCGCGCCCGAGCCUGAUCUACCUGCCCAACGCCAGCCCCGCCACCCUCGUCUUCUCCCUCGCCCACGCCAACCUACUGUUCCUAGCCACGGCCUCGCGCGAGGUCGAGCCGCUGCUAGUGCUCGAGUUCCUGCACCGCGUCGUCGACGCCUUUGAGGAGUUCCUCGGCGCCCCGUUGACCGCCCAGCGCAUCGACUCGGCCUACGAUGUUGCCGCCCAGCUACUGACCGAGAUGUGCGACGCCGGCGUCGUCGCCACCACCGAGCCCAACGCCCUGCGCGACCUGGUCGAGGUCGAGGGCCUGCUGGGGAAGCUGCUCGGCGGCCUGACCCUGCCCGGCGCCGUCACCGCUAACCUCGGCGGGGGCGGCGGGCCCUCCGGCCCCUCGCUCGGCUCGGGCGGCGCGAUGGGCGGCGUGGGCGGCGGUCGCGGCAACGUGGUGGCGACGCCGGCGCUCCCGUGGCGGCGGGCCAACGUGCGGCACACGAGCAACGAGAUGUACGCGGACCUGGUCGAGACGCUGUCGGUGACGCUGGCGCCGUCGGGCCGCCCGCUCGCCGCCUUUGCUCACGGCACCGUCGCCUUCACGUCAAAGGUCUCGGGCGUCCCGGACAUUGUCAUGUCCCUGACGGGGCCCACGGGCCGCCACAACCUGGCCGGGCUCAUGGAGCUGCCCGUCUUCCACCCCUGCGUCCGCCUCGCCCGAUGGCGUGAGCGCCCCGGCGAGCUGAGUUUCAUCCCGCCUGACGGCCGCUUCAUUCUCGCCAGCUAUGAAGUCAUUUUACCGCCCCUUACCAGCGGCAAGAGUGGCUCCCUGGUCGCAGGCAAUCUGAAGCUCCCCGCCAACAUCGAAGUCAAGACAGGCCUCGGCCCCACUGGCUGCGACUUCGAGGUCCGCGUCUACGUGAACAAGGUAUUUGGCGCAUCAGGCGGCGGCGGCGGCAGUGAUAUUUCUGGCGGAGGAGGCUCUUACGGGCGGGGCGGCGGCGGUAGAGGCAUCGGCGGUGGGCCGGUCGGGAGGCCGUUUGGUGGCCCGCAGCCUGGCACAGCGGCGGCGCCGCUGCUUGAGGACCUGAGGAUCACGGUCCCGCUGCCGGCGGGGGUGCGAAAUCUCCCCGAGCUCCGGCCAAGCAAAGGCGAUGCCACCUACAGCCCUGGAGACAACCUGGUCGACUGGCUCAUCCCAAACAAGGCCCUGGCGAGCGGCACGAUGCAGUUCAGCCUGCGCGGCACCGUGGUGGGCGACCAGGCGCUGGACGACGCUGACGACGCCGUUGCUGCGGCCGGCUACUCGGACCCCACGGGCUUUGGCUUCAAGGAGUACAACUACGAGGACCCGGAGCCGGCGGCGGCGGCGGCCAGGCCGGCCAAGGGGGCCUCAGGCGGCGGCGGCGGCGACGACGAAAAGACGGACGCGAGGGUGGCGCAGAACAAGCUGCUGAUGCCCAGCUCGGCCUCGCUCAGCUUCUCGGUCAAAGGCUGGCUCCCCAGCGGCAUCAAGGUCGAGAGCAUCCUGAUCGACCAGAAGCGGAGCAUGGGCCUGACGGCGUCGCCCUACAAGGGUGUCAAGUACCUGACGGUCAGCAAAGGGGGCGUCGAGCUGAGAUGCUGAUCUCGUUUGUGCGAGCUGGAGCGGGGGGCGGGGACGAGAUGGGUGCUGUCUUUUUUUUUGGCAGUAACGACAUGCGCAGGUUAUAGCCCGGUGCAAUAUGCAAAAGACCCCGAAGAACAACUGCGUGUUUUGUGAUUUCCUUUGCUUCCGUCUGUGUUUUUGACCAGCUAGUCUGCAACAGCCCUCCUCAAAACAGAUGGCAUAUGGAUGCUUGUGAUUGGCACAGCUGCGGGCGUGCUCGCCCCAGGGCUCAGAAGGAGAGCAGUAUCCUUUUCCCGCCGACAUUGGCGAUGUUGCUUGCUCUUCUACAGGAGUACUCCCUGGCGCACAACGGUGUCGCCUUCGAGAUGGUCCUAGAAGGCUGCAGUUGCGCCUUCUCUUCAGGCCCGCUGGUGAAGACUCUCUCGUCAACUUUCGGCAACAGAAGAGCCGUGUCAACAUAGUCCCCAUCCAGAAGCAAACCCGUUUGAGCAGGCCAAUCUCGACCGAGGCCUUCAGGGGCUCCUCGCAAGUCUUUGCUCUGAUAGAAACACUACGUCGGCGCUAUCUGAACUAUGUGCCUCGCUCCAAGCACACCACUAUGCUCUCGAAUACUUUAAGUGGGCAACGGCUACGGUUUGGCGUUUGUUUAUUCCCCAUCAAACUCACAUCCGGAGCCUCCUCGAGGUCUACUAGACACAGAAAGAAAGCCAUGACGUGUCACGAAUCUGAAGAAGAAGAAGAAAGAAGAAAAAAAUAGCCGCUGGGUCCUAGCAGAGAGCCUGUGCUAUGCCCCAUGGCGGGUUUCUUCACCGCGGUUCCUCUUACAAGCUCUGCUAUAAGCCAGCCUGCAUGCAUGGUUCUCGGCCUCAGGGAGGCGCUGCUAGAGCCCGUGAGCCCCACGUCACCGAGCCUACCGUCCCCAAGCCUCACACUGCGUGCCAAGAUGCGCAACGUCGACAAGUGGCGAGUUGGCAUCCCGCCAGCUCAGGAUGCAAAGCUCCAUCAUGGCAAACCACACACACACACACGCAAUACAGGAGUAGUAUCCAACAAGAUUACCAUCCAGGGGGGAAGCGCGUCUACUCGACCAUCAGCUUAGCAGACGGCAUGCACGAAACAUGCAAUAUGCAGGCCCCCCUGUGUGAUUUACCUUCUAUUAAAGGGGAGCGACCUCCAGCAAGCGCGGACCCGAGGUUCGGCGGAGAAAUGCGGAGGCCCCCCACCCCGUUCCGGAGACGCCCGGGGAAACAACCUCACCUCCCGGGGUCCCGAAUGGGAGGACCGCGAUAGGCGGGACGGACAGAUAAAGCAGGGAGAGAGAGAGGGAGAGAGAGAGAGACGGAAAGGUGUGGCGUCUUGCGCGUUGGGGUUGAGGUGUGGGCACGGGCAAGCAGGAUUGCGGACGAGGCGUUGUUUCAAUAAGCAAGGUGAGGCUCUUUCUCGACGGCUUAAUUUAGCAACAGGCAAGGGUGUAGAGGGUCCCCUGGACGGCGGCCUGGGCCAUAUUGCGAGAGAGUGCUAGGUUACGUCAAGGGCAUGUACAGGCAUCCCUAGGUCCGUAUGGAGGGGAACAAGGGGAAGGCGGUCUGCGGCGUGGGCGGCCGGCCCAUGGGUUCGUUUCCCAUCCCUUUUUUUGUAUUCCUGGUUCCUUCCCCCGUGUACAUGGGUGGCAAGGAGUUCUCAUCACACAUGUAGGUGGUCAAAAAUAGAUGGAGGGAACUGUGACGAGAUUUCUGUUCGUCGAGAAGCUUCGAUAGCCA